CAGACGGGCCCCGGGAGACGGCGGGAAGGAGCGGGACUGGGGACCAUGGCGGCGCCCGGCGCGCUGCUGGUCAUGGGCGUGAGCGGCUCGGGGAAGUAGCCAUCCUUGGAUGGAGGGAGGCGCCGCGCAGGCCGAGAAAGGGCAGUCGUUUGAACAUCUGUGUUUUCUCCACAGAUCCACCGUGGGCGCCCUGCUGGCAUGCGAGCUAGGAUGGACAUUCUAUGAUGCAGAUGACUUUCACCCGGAGGAAAAUCGAAUGAAGAUGAGAAAAGGGAUUCCACUGAAUGAUCAGGACAGGAUUCCAUGGCUCUGCAAUUUGCAUGACAUUUUAUUAAGAGAUGUAGCCACAGGACAGCAUGUGGUUCUAGCCUGUUCAGCUCUGAAGAAAGUAUACAGAGAUAUCUUAAUGCGAGGAAAAGAUGGCGCACCUCGGAAGUGUGCUGAGCCGGGGAAGGAAGAGAAGCUGGCUGAGGUGAAGCUCCUUGUGGUCCAUCUGAGUGGGUCAUUUGAGGUCAUCUCUGAACGCUUACUCCAAAGAAAAGGACAUUUUAUGCCCCCUGAGUUAUUGCAAUCCCAGUUCGAUAUUCUGGAGCCCCCAUCAGCUCCAGAAAAUUUCAUCCAAAUCAGUGUGGACAAAAAUCUUUCAGAGAUAAUUGCUACAAUUUUGAAAGUUUUAAAAUGAAAUGUAAGUCAUUUCAUAUCAGUGGUACAGAAAAGACUUAGGCAUAAAUUUCUAUUCUAUCCCAAACCAUGUUCCAGCAACCUUGCUGAUACUGUAUCCUAAAUUCUAGUUAGGGUGAUCAAACCACAAUGUGUGAUAUGCUUGUUCAGGUGUAUUUUUGGGAAUUUUGUGAUAUUCUUGUCAUCAUGCUCUGGCACAUUCAG